AUGGCUUCCGUGCGUAUGGCGUCACCUGAGCUGCCAAGGUGUCGGACGGACGUUACAUGCGUGAAAAGGUGCCGUGUGCGGGAGGGAAAGGAGCCGCGUGCGGGAGGAAAAGUCUCUAAAAUUGGCAGCAAAAAGAAUACAAGCAGAGGGGACUCAGAUUUGGAAGAAAGAUAUGGAAUCAUCCAUACUCCUGAACAUGAGGCUGGAGAACUUGGAAACUAUACAACUGAAGGAAGCUUGCAGUCACCUACUUUCCUGCUGGAAUGUACUGAAACAGAUACUGAAAUACAGGCCCCAGAAGCUGGGAGCACAUUUGUUGAGGAACUGGACCAGGAGAAUGGGACUACUGUCCUAAAUGAAGGAGAUGAAGACCCCAAUGAUUUCCAAAAAGAUAAAGCUGAAGCAGAAGUUGAUGGUGAUGAAGACUAUAUGUUCCCAAGUCCAGAAGAAUUGGAAAAGUCUAGAGCUCCAGAGGUUGGCAUGAUAUUUUCCACACUACAAGACGCUCAUCGAUUUAUCAAUGUCCAUGGGCAAGUUACUGGAUACACAGUGAUUAAAGGAACAAAUUACAAGCACAAGAAGAUAAGAUUUGUGUGCAAUAAAAGUAGGAAAACAAAACAAGCUGAUACAAGACCGAAGAAGAGGAGAAGAGAUGCUAUUGUGCAUACUCAAUGCCCCAUGAAGGUGACUGUGAAACUUGUUGCAGAGAGGUGGGAGAUUAUAGGAGUUAUGAAUGAACAUAAUCACCCACUUUGGAGUUCACCCUUGUUGACCAGAUUUUUCAUGAGCCACAAGCACAUGUCAGAGGAAGAGAGACACUUCUCAAGAGUAUUGCAAGAAAGCAAAAUUAAACCAACAAAGAUAAUGGAAAUUUUCAAGAAAUUACAGGGGAGAUUUAAGAAUAUACCUGUGAGCAAAGUGGAUGUCAACAACUUGAAACAGUCUGGCAGAGUGAUGAAGACUAGGAAUACAGAUAUUGGAAGCACACUAGAACAUGUGAGAAAAUUGCAAAAGGAGCAACCGGGGUUGUACUAUGCUAUGAAGACUGAUGAAGAUAGUACUAUAAGAAGUAUGUUUUGGACAGAUGUGCGAGCUAGACUGGAUUAUGCUUUAUUUGGAGUUUUCAUUCAUAUUAAUACAACUUAUAGAACCAAUGCAUACAACAUGCCGUUUGCAUCAUUAAUUGGAAUUAAUGGGCAUGCUAUGCAGAAAUCAAUUGCAGAGGUAUUCCCUACAGUUUUUCAUCGGUUUAGCGUGUGGCAUGUAAUGAGGGAAGCUGGAGUUGAAUUUGGAGGUUUUAUGGCAAACAGACCUGGAAUGGAUGCUGAGAUGUCAUGUCUUGUUUUGAAUUCUUUAACUACUGAAGAUUUUGAGAAUGGUUGGAAAGCAAUGCUUAAGAAAUAUAAUGCAGAAAUAAAUGCUGUAUUGGACAAGAUCUAUGAGGAUAACAUUGAAACCUUCAUCGGUCAGUGUAACAUUUUGCAAGAGCAGGUUGUUAGCAUUGAUAGAUUUGAGUCAAGUAUGCAAAAGCCAAUAUACUGCACAAGGCAACCAAUAGAAAGGCAUGCUGCAGAAAUUUACACAGUGGGACUGUUCUUAAAAUUUCAGAAAGAGCUAUUUGAUGCAUCUGCUUUCAAUGUUUUUGAAGAGGAAAAGGACAGAAUUUACACAGUGAAGAGAGUGCUGGAAUAUGAAGAUGCUGAAUUUCUGAAUGAUUCCUUCUCUGUUGAAGUUGACAUGGAAAAAAAGAUAUUUAAUUGCAUAUGUUCGAAGUUUGAGCGAGAUGGAAUACUUUGUUGCCAUGUUCUAAGGCUUUUCACACAGUUUGAGCAGGAGUUACAAAAACUUUGCACAGAAAAGACAGGAUCAGAUGCUUCACAAACUGUGCUGAGGUAUGCUAUGCUUAUGAACAAUACAGCAGAUACUUGUGCUUCUGUAAGCAGGGAUCCAAAUCGAAGUCAAAUAUUCUUGGAAGAGCUCGAAAGGAUUCAACAGAAGCUCUCAAGCAGAGAAUAG